CUAGCUGGACCGUUCGGGCCUGUGGAACACCGUUAACGCCUUUUAACGUUCAAGAACCGUUACUCUGUUCUUUUGUACGUUUUUAAUUAAUCACAAUUCAGAUGAAACAUUAAAACCAACCCCAAAACUACAGCGACAGUCAUGACAAUGGACCAGCACUUUCAAAAAAGAAAACGAGAAACGGGUCAGGACCCAGCGACGCCCUCUCAGUUCCUCCAGACCAGAGAGGGAGAUUACAUUCAGCCCCUGGACGGGACCGGUAAUAAGUUUAAGACAUGGGGAAACUACAUGGCAUCUGUUGGAGCAAGUUGUCAAUUUACAGACAGAAAGCUAACUCUACCACCCAUAUCGACCCUUUUUAACAAAGUACCACUUUACCAAGGUGUGCCGGCGGAAGUGAGAGGCUGCAAUGGUGGCGGGGUACGGUCAGAAACUGUCACUUCAGGUCCAUGCCCAACAGCAGCAGCAGGUUACCAGGUCAGGGUAGUGGACCUGCAGCCACCUGGUGAACAAAUUGUCCCGCUCCAGGUCACUGACAGGCUGGAUCUGCCACAAGCCACCGCAGCUAGAGAACCCAUGAGCCCAGGUCCAGUCCACCUGACCCCAAGAUCAACCAGAGUCGGAGGUGAUGGCCCAGCCACCAGUUUUACCAUCCCGCCAACGGAUGACGAUAUGAGGCAGAUGCUGUCUGGCCAAGACAAGAAUGGAUACAUUAAACGGCCGAUGAAUGCCUUUAUGGUGUGGUCUCACAUCCACCGAUAUGCCCUGCGUAAAGCCUGCCCCGGAGCCAACAUGAUAGACACUAGUAUCCAACUGGGCUGUGAAUGGUCCAAGCUCAGUGAGGAACAGAAGAGGCCCUAUUAUGAAGUGGCUCACAAACUGAAACACAUGCAUAAGCAGCAAUUCCCUGAUUAUGAGUUUCACCCAGAGAGGAAGAGAGGUAGAAAGUAUUUUGCCUCAGGGCAGGGAGCAGGACAGGACCCUGGCGUUUCUGUGUUUGUCUCACUGGCCAUGCCUCCAGCUCAGUCCAAGUGGCUGGCCCCCAGCAUGUACACGUGUCCCGUCAUGAUGCCCUGCACAGUGGGCUACUAUCCCUACCCAUCUUGUAGCCCAUAUCAUCCAGUGAGCUGCUACUCCAGGUACCAAAUCCACCAUUCAAGGGUUUUAUGCAGAUACCAAAAUGCCAGCAGCUCCGUGAGGAAUUACCACAGAACUCACCCGCAGGGGGACGAGACCACUCUGCUCACUCUGGCCAGGGAAAUCAUGCAGCAGGAGCCUCAUCGAGUCCUUAUCGGCUCUACCACGACAUCAGAGAGCCUUGAGCAGCCUGACGUUGGCACCAGUCAGCAGCUACUGGCCAACAACAAGGUGGAAUUUAAAUGUGAGGAUGAUGUUGAUGUUGUUGGACUGCUCUAGGAGAUAUUAUAUAUAUAUAUAUAUAUAUAUAUAUAUAUAUUUGGUUUUGUUAUGAAAUAAAGAAACUCUUCUGUG